AUAUUCUGUUAGUUCUUGUUUCAGUAUACUUGUUGAUCUUCUUGAUUCUUGGAUUUUGUUCAUAUGGACACCUCUUUAGGAGGGGUGACGAUUAUCAGAAGAUACCUAUAUGAGGUAUUCUAAAUUCUUGUCUCUUGCAAGUGUUAAAUUAUGUAUCCUUGAUGCCUUAGCUUUGACUUGGCUCUAGGAUGUCUAGGCUAAGCAGAUUGUAGCCUCCAUGAGCUACGAGGUAAAGGGGUAGUCCUCGAAAUACUUGAUACCUUAGAGUUUUGUUCCAAGUGAAAUGGUUCUUUGAUCUGGCUGCUUGGAUUUUUGUUUGCCCUUUUAAUUAGAAGACAGUAAUCUUCUAAGCAUCUUGAUUCCAGCCAUUGCUUUGUUCUAUUAAUUAAUUCUAGUACUUGAGGUGCUAGAUCUUGACAUUCUGAUUAUAUCUGCUCUUGAAUCCGUGUUCUGAUUGUCAUUAUUGAAAUCUCUUUUGUGGGCUUAAUCCUUGAAUUCUAUUGCUUGUUUCAUGGUUAACUUUUGUUUCUCAAUUUUGACUACUUGGUUAAAUUUGAUCUUGAUUCUUGGUGAAUGCCGUUUUGUUGUUGAAUUUUUUGAGGCAUUCUACCUUGCACUCUUAUGUUCCGGUAUUCUUCCAAGCAUUCCUAUUUUCCAUUGAUUUUAUUCUGUUGCAGUUCUUGAGAUUCUUACAUGUCUUUUGAUGGGUCUAGCUUUUAACUAUUGUUAAUUACUAAAAUCUGUUUCUUGAUUCUUGUUGCUUUGUUAAACAUGACCUUACUCAUUGGUUGACCUUUUGUGGCAGAAUUUAUAAGGCAUCCAUGCACUUGUUCAUUUAUUCAUGAUCCAUAUAUCCAUUGGAUGCUCAUCCGUCUUUGAUAGAGUUCAAAUUUUUUUGUACUCGUCUUUAAAUCCAUGCCAUUCUUUGUCAACUUGUCUUGUGAUGGGUUCGAAGCGUAACCCCACAAUUGUUCUUUUGUGGCUUUGGCAGGAUUUAUUUUAUUCCUUGUGCUUUCCGUAUUACCCCAGCCUCCAGUAGCUUAUUUGAUGGCAAAUCUUGUUAAGUAGUUAGUGUUCUGCUUUUGUGAUUAGUUGUGAUUUGAUAUCAGAGUGGCGCAGCGGAAGCGUAACAGGCCGUGUUCUGUUCCUAGAAAGUGGUGAGGCAUUUGUUUUGUCUCGGAUUGUGUGAAGCCUUUCACCACUUGAUAUGGUCCUCAAUUUGAGUUUUGGGGACAAAACUCCUUUUUAGGAGGGGUGGAUGUAAUACCCCAAAAUUUUGUGCUAUUUUAGCAUUUAAGUAAGGGUUUUUGUGUGAGAAAAUAUUGUUUUGGGCCUAAUAGCCAACAUUCCCAAACUCGAGGGACUUAAAAG